GAGAGAUCRUGUCCAUCCAAGGAUCCAACAGCGCAGAUGUGAAAGGCRUGUACCCYGGGACGGAYUACACUUUCAGCGUCACAUCAGUCACUGACGAUAGGAAUCAGAYUGCGGCAGUCACAAUGWCCAUGUAUACAAAACCUGUGCCACCSGAAAAGAUAAAGAUAGAUCAUGUCAGCAGUGAAUCAGUGUCUCUGAGUUGGGACAAACCGGUUGGUGUCAUUAAGGCAUGUCUCGUGACCUGUUCCUGUGACGGAGAGGAAGUCCAGAAGAUAACAACWGAAUCCAACACCCUGACYWURUCCKGUCUGAGUCCAYGUGUCAAGUACUCCUUCCAKGUCUCUACGGUGCUGAAAAACGGGACCCAAAGCAAGUCAGCUGUGACAUAUGCCCGCACAAAAACCCACCUGGAGAGCUUGCUGUUGGACCUGGGGUUGGAACAACACUACACAGAGAAGCUCACCCUGAGCACCGUGCUGCAGAUCGAUGAGAAGACCAUCACAGAUGAACCAGCUCAGACUCUCACAGCCCUGCCAUGGACUUUCCUGAAGAGGUUAAUGAUGGUUAAUGUAACUGCUAGAAGUGUGAAAUGCACCUCAUCAGGAGGCGAGGCAAGUUGUGAUGCUUCAUUUUGCAACAUAGACCUAGAUCUGGAGAGUCUGGUUGAUAACAUGGACUCWAGUAAUGUMGUAAACCCCUUAGACAUUGUUACUGCUCUCUUUCUGUGCUCUAARGGUUUUCUGCAGCAAGAGAUGGUCUUGAAAAUGUCAAUGUGUCAGUUUUCUGUGCCCCUACUUCUCCCCAAUUGUGACACAGAACAGUGCACGCUCAUGCUUUGGGCAAUGCGAGACAUUGUCAAGAAGUUCAGACCUCAUUCAUUGMCAGACCCAAGAGGAUUUGUUGAAGACAGGAUUGUUCUCUCUGACCUCCCCAUGGUCUCUUUCGUCAGAUUGGGUGAGUGCUCUSUGUCCAAGUCYCAGAUUCUGAACAAGCUWCUGAGUAAUCCCCAACAGUAUCACGAUACGUUUGUCCACCACGAUAUGGAAUGCGGUGAUAGUCCAAGGAGGAUAUCCAAUGGAUUGGUUGAGAUAAGCUGGUACCUCCCAAGUGGGAAAAAAAACAUUGAUAUUUUUGGUGAAGCUGUUGCUGUAACCAAUCUGAGAGGGGACAUCAGUUCUUUUGAAACACAAUAUUCCUUUCUUUGCCAGACCUCUGCAGCAGUCUUUGUGUUCUUUGACAACUUGGACACCAAAUACAAGCUACUGACCAGCCAAAACACCAAGGCACAGCUGUUUCUAGUGGGUAACCCACAGAGCAAGAGCUUCAGCAUUGAUGCUUUYAAGAAAACAGCAGCAGAGUUGAACUUAAAGAAAAGCAACAUCAUCCUGAAAACCAAACAGAUGAAUGAUGCKGACUUUGUGAAGAACCUGAGAAAUACAGUUGGGGAGGUCAUCAAGAGUUCGAAGUCCAGAAUGCCAUUGGAGCAAAUGGCUGAAGUUGCUCACGAGCUUGGGAUCUUUGUUGAUGAGGACUGCCAAGAAUGUCAGAGUGCCAAGCAAAAUGCGGAUGCAAUCACAUCAAAAAUUUAUGACACACCACAGUAUAAGGAAACACAGCUUCCCUUACAAGGACAGAUCUGGAAGGAGCUGGCACGUCUAGAGAAGGAGGAAUGCAGACUGCGGAAAGCUGGUGACAAGAACAUUGAGACGUACAAAAGUGAACUCCAAACAGAAAAAAUACAACUUAGGGAACAGCAAAGGAGUUAUGACAUGUCAGAGGCAAUGACCUGCUUCAUAAAUGCAAUAUCAAGCACAGGGCUAGAYAGGUCCUACUUCUUGAAAUGGAUGCGUAUGAAUCUGGACAAUCUGUCUCGUAAAAACCUUUCUGGCCUUAGGGACCUGUACAAAGAAAAGUCUCAGAAUUUGUCUGAAAAUCAAGAUGAAAUUGCAUACCUUGAUAGACAGAUUUCAAACAGUUCUUUGGGAACCGAACAUUUCCUSCGMGAAAUGGGUCAACUGUACGAAUCUGCAGUKUUARUGGGAGAAACUGAAGAGUCACGGCAACAACUGCAGCACCUGCCCAGACUAUGUGCUGAGRUGCUUCUGGAUGGGUUUCCUCUGGAGCUGGUGGACGGAGACGCGUCRAACAUACCUCUGAGAUGGGUGAGUGAUGUGCUGSYUCAGCUCAAUGUCUUGGUGCAGCCAAAGAACAAGAUCCUYGUGGUAACCGUUCUAGGUGUUCAAAGCACAGGAAAGUCCACUCUACUGAACACUAUGUUUGGAGUGCAGUURGCAGUCAGUAGCGGCAGAUGCACAAGAGGUGCCUUCUUGCUUCUCAUCAAAGUCAAAGAAGACUUCAAGAAAGAGCUGAACUGCGACUUUGUAGUGAUCAUCGACACAGAAGGGCUGAAGUCUCCAGAGCUGGCACAGUUGGAUGACAGCUUUGAGCACGACAACGAGCUAGCCACUCUAGUUGUUGGGCUGAGUGAUGUCACAAUAAUAAAUAUUGCCAUGGAGAACUCAACCGAGAUGAAGGACAUCCUUCAAAURGURGUCCACGCUUUUCUCCGGAUGAAAGAGGUGGGAAAGAAACCCAAGUGCCAGUUUGUCCACCAGAAUGUGGCAGAUGURUCGGCACAUGACAAGAACAUGAGAGACCGAAAACUACUGUUGGAGCAAUUGAACGAGAUGACCCAGGCAGCAGCCAGCAUGGAAAACAAAGAAGAGAACAAGAUCUUCACUGAUGUAAUGGAGUACAACCCAGAGACUGGUAACUGGUACAUCCCUGGACUUUGGCARGGAAACCCUCCAAUGGCACCUGUCAACGCUGGGUACAGCGAGUCCGUCUACGAGUUUAAAAAAAGCAUGAUUGAAGUCUUGGAGAAAUGUGAGGCCUCUGGAAACAACAUAACAGAGUUUCUGGAGUGGACAAAAAGCUUGUGGAAUGCUGUUAAGUAUGAAAACUUCAUCUUCAGCUUCAGAAACAGCCUGGUGGCUGAUGCCUACAUGAAGUUGUGCACUGAGUUCAACAAAUGGGAAUGGUCAUUCAGAAAGCACAUGUAUACUUGGGUAACAAAUGCUGAAACAAGGAUCUCCAACUUUGGGACAAUCACCGUGAAAGCUCAGUCAUCAGAUAUGAAAGACUUGAUUUACAAAUUGAAAAAUGAUGCUUCCCUAGAGCUUUCCAAAUGGGAGAAGACCAUUCUUGACAACUUGACAAAGUAUUAUGAACAGACAGAAGGCCAUGUGCAUCUAGUGGAGGGGUACAGAGAGGUCUUCUCCAACAGUGCAAAAAGCCUUCGACGAGAAAUGGAGAACUCUGUGCUGAAUCAACUUGAAGCAGCUGCUGAGAUCAGACAGGGAAUGAACAAUCUGGACACAAUAAAGAAGACCCACACAGCAAGACUGGAAGAGAAUGUUCUGGGAUUAAUUGAGYAAUGCAGMAAGAGRAAAUCUGAGAAYUCYGAUSYGGAYCUAGAGAGAMAUUUUGAUCAGAUGUGGAAUGAAACUGUGCGGAAAAURRAGUUUUGA